AUGGGUUCCCUCAAGAGAAAGGAUGCUCCAGGAGGCGGCGCAUCUGCCGCCAAGGCUGCGAAAACCAGCAGCGGCGCCCGGCCCUCGAAAACGCCAAAAUCAGACAAGACGAACAACACCGAGUCCAAGUCGAGCCCCAAGUCUAAGCCUGCCGACUCGAAGCCCGCCACGGCACCUUUGGUCUCACGCUUGAAGGAGGAAGAGCCACUCUUCCCUCGUGGUGGUGGUAGCGUGCUGUCGCCCCUUGAACACAAGCAAAUUCAGAUUCAGGCCAAGCAAGAUGUGCUCUUCGAGCAGGCGUCGGGAAAGAAGACGGACAAGGCAUUGAAGAAGAAUAAGUCGAAAGGACAGCUCAAGGACACCAAGUCAGCUUCUGCGAAGGCGGUUGACGACUCUGUCAGGAUCGAGAGCUUGAACUACAAACGUUUGGUCAAGGGAUCGUUGGUACUGGCUCGAGUCACCGAAAUCAACACCCUCGACCUUACGCUCGCUCUUCCAAACAACUUGACCGGCCAUGUGCCAAUCACAUCCAUUUCAGAGGCGCUCAACGAGCGCAUUGCUGCCGAAGCAGCGGCAGAAGAGGAGGAAGAGGAGGCUUCAGCUGAUGAUGUUGACCUGAAGUCGCUUUAUGCUGUUGGUCAAUAUCUUCGAGCGUACGUUUCUUCAACGUCCGAGGAGUCAGGAGACGCUUCCGGCAAACCGAAAAAGCGUAUUGAGCUAUCCCUACGCCCCGAACAAACCAAUAGCGGUCUAUCAAGCAACGAUGUUGUGACCAACACGACCGUCAUGGCAGCUGUCACGAGCGUAGAGGACCAUGGAUUUGUGAUGGACCUUGGUCUCGAAAACUCCAAGGUUAAGGGUUUCUUGUCCCGCAAGGAACUUGACCCGUCCAUUUCAGAGGACCGAAUGCAGCCAGGCUUCGUGCUUCUCUGUUUGGCCAGUAGCUCGGGUACCAAGGGAAAGAUUGUUCAGCUCACUACAUUGCAAAGCAAGUUGGGCAAGAUCCAAAACGCUCCCUCCGAGGCUACGACUAUCAACACUUUCCUGCCUGGUUCUGCAGCCGAGUUGUUGAUCACGGAAGUCUCCGCUCGUGGCAUCGCCGGAAAGGUCAUGGGCUCUUUGGAUGUUACAGCCGAUCACAUUCAUUCUGGAUCCGGUCCUUUGGCAAUUGACCUUGAAGAAAAAUUCAAGGUCGGCAAAAAGGUUAAGGCGCGAGUGAUCUGCAACUUUCCAGCAUCCAGCGAACCAAAAUUGGGUGUAUCUUUCCUUGAACACAUUACGGAUUUGAGCUCACAGCAAGGGCCAGACAAGAAGUCUGCAGCGGAGUCUGUUGCCAUCUCUAGCAUUGUGGAGAAGUGCACAGUCACGAAGGUCGAGCCGGAUAUUGGAGUCUUUGUCGACAUUGGAUUGAAGGGAGUCGCUAGUUUUGUACACAUUUCACGACUCAAAGAUGGAAAGGUGGACAUGAUUUCACAGUCUUCUGGUCCGUACCAACUAGGAUCUGUCCAUCGUGGGCGGGUAGUGGGCUACAACCCAGUCGACGGUUUGUUUCAAUUGUCCUUUGAGAAGCACAUUCUUGAGCAGGCCUUCCUGCGCAUUGAUGAUAUUCCCGUCGGCCAGGUCGUUGACGGCACCAUUGAGAAACUUGUCAUUGGUCAGGACGGAGUCAAUGGCCUGCUAGUCAAGCUUGCCGAAGGUAUCACUGGCUUCGUUCCCGAGGUCCAUCUCGCCGACGUCAAACUACAACAUCCAGAGAAGAAGUUCAGGGAAGGCAUGAAAAUCAAGGCCCGUGUCCUUUCGACGGAUUCUCUCAAGCGUCAAGUUCGUCUCACUCUCAAGAAGACCCUGCUCAACUCGGAGGCUGAGCCACUGCAUUCAUUCGACCAAUUGGUGGUGGGCAUGCAGGCACCGGCGACAAUCAUUAGCAUUGUAGCUAACGGUGCCAUUGUACAAUUCUAUGGCUCGCUCCGAGGUUUCUUGCCCGUUUCAGAGAUGAGCGAGGCUUACAUCCGGGAUCCGAAGGAAUACUUCCGCGUCGGUCAAGUCGUUGAAGUUCACGUGCUCAACUUUGAUAUUGAGGCUCAGAAGCUGUAUGUUUCUUGCAAAGACCCGUCUGCUUUUGGCCUUGAGAAACAAAAGGCCCUUCAAACUCUGAAGAUUGGAGAUGUCGUGUCCGCCAAAGUCGUGCAGAAAACUGAGGAUCAUGUCUUCGUGGAACUCGCCGAUAGCCUGUUGAAAGCCAUGCUCUCCGUCAGCCAGCUCACGGACGGCUCAAGUAAGAAGAACGCAGCUUCUAUGAAGAAGAUUCGUGUCGGCCAAACCUUGUCCGAGCUUGCAGUUCUUGAAAAGAAUGAAGGUCGACGGUCCAUCAUUCUGACACAAAAACCAAGCCUCCUCCAGGCUAGUCGGGAUGGUAAGCUUCUGAACACAAUGACCGAUGCUAAAGUCGAUGAGAUCUAUGCAGGUUUCGUACGAAACAUCACUUUGACUGCAGUGUUUGUGCAGUUUGGUGGUCGCUUGAAUGCUUUGUUACCCAAGGCUAGAUUGCCCCAGGAUGCUCAGAAGCUGACGGACUUCGGCCUGGAGAAGGGUCAGUCGAUUGCUGUCAGGGUGGUUUCCAUUGAUACCGACCACAGCAGAAUGGUCGUGUCUUCCCCCAGUGUUGAGAAGACGGACGAGCACGACAAGCAGAAGCGCCCCAGUGUCAGCGGAGUGGCAGCUGAGAACCCAGUCGACAAGAAGAUCACUAGCAUCGAUGAUAUCACCGUUGGACAAAUCACCAAGGCUAGGAUCUCAUCUGUCAAGAACUCUCAGCUGAACGUCAGGCUCGCAGAUAACAUUCAGGGACGUGUGGAUGUUUCGCAGGUGUUUGACUCGUGGGACGACAUUAAAGAUACCAAGCGCCCCUUGAAGGAUUUCAAGCAAGGCGAUAUCAUCUCUGUCAGAGUUCUUGGUGCACACGACGCCAAGAACCACCGAUUCUUACCUAUUUCACAUCGUUCGACGCACACCGUCCUUGAGCUCUCUGCCAAGCCAAGUGAUCUUACCGGGUCAUCUGCUGCUAAUCUGACGUACGAAAAACUGGCCGUCGGGGCUUCAUAUGUCGCAUUUGUCAACAACGUUGAGGAGAGAUCUCUCUGGGUCAACCUUUCUCCUAAUGUCAGGGGUAGAAUAAAUGCUUUCGAAGUUUCCGAUGACGUGUCGCUUCUUGAGAAAAUGGCCAGCAACUUCCCUGUCGGCUCCGCCCUCCGUGUUCGCGUUGUCUCUGUCGAUGCCCAGCAAGGGCGUCUGGAUCUCUCGGCGCGGUCCGAGUCUUCCAGCGAAGAGCUUACUUGGGAUACUGUCAAACAGAACAUGGUUCUUCCUGGACGGAUCACCAAGAUCAACGAGCGACAGAUCAUGGUCCAGUUGAGCAAGACAGUCUCCGGCCCGAUUCACCUGACAGAUAUCAGUGAUGAUUACAACGACGCCAACACCAUGAACUUUGCCAAGAACAACAUUAUCCGGGUAUCAGUGGUUAAUGUUGAUAAGAGCAACAAGAAAGUGAGACUUUCGGCACGCCACUCACGGGUACUCAACUCUUCGAGCAAGGUCCAGGACAAGGAGAUUUCCAAGAUUGCACAAUUGAACGUUGGCGACAUCAUUAGAGGCUUUGUCAAGCACGUCUCAGACAAGGGAGUGUUUGUGGCUUUGGGUGGCGACAUCACGGCCAUGGUCAAGAUCUCUGACUUGUCCGACCGGUUCUUGAAAGAAUGGAAGGACUCUUUCCAGAUUGACCAACUUGUGAAAGGUCGCAUCACCUCCAUUGACAGUGCUCUAGGCCACAUCCAAAUGAGCCUGAAGUCAUCAGUGGUUGACAAGGAUUUUGUACCACUUCUGAGCUACCAAGACUUGCGCGAGGGACAGAUCAUCACUGGAAAAGUUCGCAAGGUUGAGGAAUUUGGCGCAUUUAUCCUUGUCGACGGCACAGCCAACGUGAGUGGGUUGUGCCACCGAAGCGAAAUUGCUGAAAAGGCAGUGGAUGAUGCCCGUAAGCUCCUCAACGAGGGUGAUGCCGUCAAGGCCAUAAUCUUGAAGCUUGACGCGCAAAAGAAACGUAUCAACUUUGGCCUCAAGCCCUCGUAUUUUGAGGACGAGGACACGGACAUGAGCGACGAUGAUGACGCUGGUGCUGCGCUUGUGUCCGAUGAUGAUGACGAUGACGAGGAGGAGGAAGAUGACGAGGAGGAGGAAGAUGACGAGGAUGAUGAGGACAUGGAUGAUGCCGACAGUGGCGUUCUCAUCACCGGCACAGACAACAUGUCGGACGAGGAUGAGGACGAGGACGAUGAGGACGUGGAAAUGACAGACAAGGCAGGCGAAGAGGUUGAGGGUCUUGAUGCUGGUGGCUUCGACUGGGACGCCGACGCACUAGACAAGAAGCGCUCUUCUGAAGCUGCCAAUGGUGACAGCGCAGCGCAGGACAAGAAGAAGAAGCGAAAGAAGGCCCAGACUGAAGCCGACCAUAGCGGAGACCUUGAUGCCUUUGGCCCGCGCACAGCUGCGGACUACGAACAGCUCUUGAACCGCAAGCCCAACUCUUCGGGACUCUGGAUCCAGUACAUGGCAUACCAGAUGCAGUCCAGUGAGCUUGCCGGCGCCCGCAAGGUGGUAGAGCGUGCCGUUUCUACCAUCAACAGCUCAGAGGAAACCGAGAAGCUGAACGCCUGGGUGGCAUACCUCAACCUCGAGGUUCACUACGGCAACGACGAGACCGUGGACGAAGUUUUCAAGCGUGCCCUGCAAGUCAAUGAUCAGCAGGAAGUUUACCAGAGACUGGCCAGCAUCUACAUCCACGAAGACAAGCCCGAGAAGGCAGAUGAACUUUUCCAGACCAUGACCAAGAAGUUUGGCGCAUCGUCCCCCGACGUCUGGUACAACUACGCACACUGGCUGCACUCUGAGCGCGACGAGCCGGAGCGGGCGCGCGCCCUCUUGCCGCGAGCGACCCAAUCUCUGCCCAAGCACGCCCACCUCCCGCUCAUGACCAAGAUGGCGACGCUGCAGUUCACCUCCAAGCACCCCAACCCCGAGCUCGGCCGCACCAUGUUCGAGGGCCUGCUCAGCACCUUCCCCAAGCGCUUCGACCUCUGGAACCAGCUGCUCGACCACGAGGACGUCCCCGGCGCCGACAAGAAGGUCGUCCGGGAUGUCUUUGAGCGCGCCCUCAAGGCCAAGGGCCUCAAGGCGCGCGCCGCCAAGAAGUGGUUCAAGCGCUGGGCCGACUGGGAGGUCAAGAAUGGCGACCAAAAGUCGCGCGAGAGGGUCAGCGCCCGCGCUGCCGAGUGGGUCAAGCAGAGAGAAGAGAAGAAGAACGCUGCUGCCGGGGCUGAUGAUGAUGAGGGUGACGACGAGUAA